UCAAAGUCACUUCUUAUCUUUACCAAGAGACAUCAAGCUCCCUAUUAUAAGUUCUUCAACUUUCCAAUAGUCAUCAUCCCUAGUAUAUCUCUUAUCUCAAUCAAGACACUCAGUUUGAUACUUUGAGGCUUCCAAAACUCUUUCACAUUAUAACAUUAAUGGAGAAGCUACAGAAGAUGAUUUCCGGAAAGUCGGUAGUUAUCUUUAGCAAUAACUCUUGCUGCAUGUCUCACACAAUCAAGACUCUCUUCUUAGACUUCGGCGUCAACCCGACGAUCUAUGAGCUAGACGAGAUCAGCAGAGGAAAAGAGAUUGAGAAGGUAUUGGCUCAGCUCGGCUGCAGCCCAACCGUUCCGGUGGUGUUCAUAGGAGGGCAGCUCGUUGGUGGAGCCAAUCAAGUUAUGAGUCUUCAUCUCAAUCGUUCUCUCGUUCCGAUGCUUAAACGCGUUGGGGCUUUGAUUUAAAUAUAAACUUAAUUAAGAACGUACUUUAAUCAUCUAUAAUGUACUAGACUAGUCAAAAACUGACAAUA